UCAUACCUGUUUGGUUCUUUGGAUCCGUGAAUAAAACAAUAAAAAUUAGAAACCAAACAAAUAUUUACAAAUUUCUAAUCGAAAAGAAGCAGUUAAAAAGCUUCAAGAGCACCAAGAGUGACUACACAUACAUAGCUACACUGAAGAUCAUUGGAUGUUUCUGUAGUUUGAGCAGAGCCAUGCCUCUUUGUCAUUCACAGUYUUACGCAAUGCAUAACUUAGCUGUUUUGGGGUUUGUCCUGUUUAUUACACAUGUAUACGCCGUCACAGAUCCUUUGUCACCAGCUUUGAUUGAGCCUUUCUCCGUGGAUAUUAAAUGCCCCAAGGGCAAAGCAUUCCAGUGGACAAAAUCGGCGCCAAAAGGACUGGACUUAGUUGUAUAUUACGCAUGUGGAGGUUCAGGUGAAAUGUCCCAGACAAUCCAUUGCACCAAUAACCGUAAAGCCACCUAUCGAAGAGACUUGAUACCGGACGAGAUGAAAAAAGCAGCGGUACCGAUGGCCAUGAAAAGAGGAGAAAUAACCAAUCGAGACCAAGAACCAAGCUUUGGACUAUUCGCAAGUGGACCAAACUAUGACAUUAAAGACGGUGCUGUUAUAGUCUGUGCCUGUCUGGCUGUAUAAGUAGCUGGAUUUUACACCACUUAAGAUGACGAUUACUUUAGGGGUGAAGAGCUCUUAGACUCACAUCUUGACGUCGGCAUACGUGUCCAACACAUAUAUAUAUUAGCUAAAGAUUAAUGUGCAACUGAACUCAAUUUUUUUCAAAGAUCAGGAAAACCAACAUGGAAAAAUAAAAUGUUUUUUGGGCCUUCAUGAAAGUCGGUUAAAAGAUCGUUUUUUCGUGAAACGUUAAAGUUAUGAAAUUUUCGAUAAUUCCGAAAUGGCCGCGAACUAUCAUAGGGACCUGAGUCGGGAAUGGUAUGACGUCUACUAAUGAACCAAAGUUCUCACAUUUCUUGAUAUUUCAACAACGAAUUGAUGAAAAUUGGCUUAAUUCAAAGGUGUUUAUAACAGGAAUGAAUACCUUGAAUCUCCAUCAUUUACUUUGAAAAACUCUAGAAAUGUGAGAGACGAUUCCUUAGUAGACGUCACACCAUACCUCUGGUUUCAAAGAGAGCGCAUUUUUCCGAACUGGAGGGAAUUCAAAAUAACAAUAAAUAUCGGGAAUUYAUCCAAUUCAAAAUCUUUUUGCGGCAAGUUACUUUUUUAAUAGGAUAGAUUAUGAUAGAAUUUGAAAAAAAAUUGAGUUCAGUUGUACUGGUUACUGUGAAGAAUUGCGGGUGCCUCGAGUAAACAAUCUUAUAUUUUUGCUUUAUAAAUAAAGCCUAAGCAUGUUAUACGUCGUACUGAAGGUGAAUAUUAAGUCUAUACGUCUUUAUAUACCUAC